CCAACGAUCAUCAAUUGAAGACGCAGAUAUGACGCAACAAGCCAUCACGACGACGGAUCUACCACUGAAACUCGUCGCACGGGGAAAGGUGCGGGACGUGUACGACUCGGGCUUGAGCGAAGGAGCCAAUGCGGGUGCGCUCCUCUUUGUGGCUACGGAUCGCAUCUCAGCCUUCGACAUCAUCCUCGACAAUGGGAUUCCCUCCAAGGGCAAGCUGCUGCACGCCCUCUCGACCUUUUGGUUCUCGCUCUUGACGCCCUCCAUCAUUGGCUCCCACGUACUUGCCACGGACUUUUCCGCUUUUCCCGCUGAGCUGCAGGCAAAGCUGUCGUCUGUUAAGGACCAGGUAGAGGGGCGAUCGAUGCUCGUUAGGCGCGCCGACGUGAUUCCCGUCGAGGCCAUCGUGCGCGGCUACAUCACGGGCAGCGGCUGGAAGGAGUACGCCAAGGCCGGAACGGUGCACGGCAUCAGGCUCGAGCAAGGUCUCAAGGAGUCACAAGAGAUCCCCGGCGGACCCAUCUUUACGCCGAGCACUAAGGCAGAACAGGGCGAGCACGACGAGAACAUCCACCCAGACAAGGUCGCCGACCUCGUCGGCAAGGAGCUUGCCGAAAAGGUGAGCAAGGCGGCCGUGGACCUGUACGCAAAGGCUGCGUCACAUGCGCGGGAGCGGGGCAUCAUUCUCGCCGACACAAAGUUCGAAUUUGGACUGGUGCCUCCCGGGGCUGGUUCCCAGGAGCUGAUCCUCGUCGACGAGGUCCUCACACCCGACUCUUCGCGCUUUUGGGACGUCAAAGGGUACGAGGUGGGAACGACGCCAGACAGCUACGACAAGCAGUACGUCCGCGAGUGGCUCAAGGCAAAUGGGCUCGACAAGGCCGCGGAUCAAGGCAUCAAGGUACGGCUGCCCGAUGAAGUAGUGCGCAAGACGUCGGAAAAGUACAAGGAGGCGUACGAGCGCAUCACUGGCCAAAAGUGGACCGGAGAUGGAGAGGCAUGAAAGCAUAGACGGGCGAAGGAAAUGUACUUUAUGUCGCUCUCCGGUAAAAGGGAGGAAGUUUAGAGAUGGCGAUGGCCGUGCCUACACAAUUAAACGUUGUACAACAAUGAAGGAGCGUCG